GUAUAUAUCGGUCCUUUCUACCUGGUACGCUGAUGUGGUUUUUACGAAGUUAGCAAAGCCUGAAGACUGAUUUAAUACUUUUUCUCUUAUAUUUUAAAUCUUAUUCACAAGUAUUAUGCCUUAUUAUCAAACAUGGGAAGAGUUUGCAAGAGCAGCAGAAAAACUAUAUUUGACAGAUCCAAUGAAGGUCAGGGUCGUUCUUAAAUACAGACACUGUGAUGGUAACCUUUGCAUUAAAGUCACAGAUGAUGCAGUGUGUUUACAAUACAAAACGGACCAGGCCCAGGAUGUGAAAAAGAUUGAGAAACUGCAUGGCAAACUGAUGAGGCUUAUGGUGUCCAAGGAAAGUGGAGCCAUGGAAACGGACUGACAUUUUUACUGUUAGUUGUGUUAACUCUUCUUUGAGUCUGGACUGUGGUGUGUCAGUGGCACAAACAAUGGAAGAGAAGGGAACUGGAACGUGACAUUGGAUCAUGAGAGCGGGAAUGGAUGGGAUAAGUUGGAGGAAUUUGGAAGGUUGGUGGGAAUCAAAAAUGAAAUGGGGAGCAUAACUGUUGCUGCUCUUAAGGGGGAUUUGCUGGAGCUCUUUUAAAGAGCUUGUAUUUAUUUUCAGUUUAAAGAUGGACUAAAACCAGAUACAGACUCACAUGUUUAUUUGCGUCUAUGGUUAGGUUUUCAUUUUAUAUCUUAGGUUUUUCGUUUUUAUUUCCACAUGGGGAAAUGUUCCAUGUACCAUGUUGAAGUGAACAUGAAUGAAAAAGGCCAUUUGGAUUUCAACACAAAACUCCAAUGCGAUUUAGUAAAUUUUAGCAAAUUCUGGAUACUCAAUAAAUGUUUGUUUGCACCAUGA